GUCUAGAACGUUAGGAAUGUUUGGAAAAUGUAGCAUUCACGAUGCCUAUAUAUAAAGGCCCUACUUCAACUCUUUUUCACUCACAAAAUAUUGAUUUCUCAUAGUGAGUACUGAAACACAGAGAGGAGUUUCAAACUCAAUACGUAUCUUAGUCAACCUACGUCGAGCCUUCGUACUUCAAAAAUGUCCAGCUCUAGGCUGGUUGGUGCUGCAUUCUUGGUUUUGCUCCUUGUGGACCUUACCUUUGCCGCGAGAUCAUCACCAAAGGCCUUAGAUCGUAAGAGUGGUGGCGGUGGAGGAGGAAGAGGCGGUGGUGGUGGCGGUGGAGGAGGGCGAGGAGGAGGAGGUGGGCUUGGUUCUGGGUUUGGGUCAGGGGGUGGUUCUGGAUUUGGUGAAGGAGGAGGACUAGGUGGUUAUGGUAAGGGAGGAGGUGGAGGUGGUGGAGGAGGUGGAGGUGGUGGAGGAGGAUCCGGGGGUGGUUCAGGAUUUGGAAGCGGUUCUGGGCAUGGCGAAGGAUAUGGAUCAGGUCAUGGGGUCGGACAAGGAGGAGGUGGCGGAGGUGGAGGUGGGCAAGGCGGUGGAGGAGGUGGAGGCUUAGGAAAUGGAAGUGGGUUUGGUCAUGGAGAAGGAUAUGGAGGUGGGGAUGGUCAAGGAGGUCAUGGUGGUGGCCGUGGAGGAGGUGGCGGAGGUGGAGGCGGGCAAGGUGGUGGUGGCGGUUCUGGAAAUGGAUCUGGCUAUGGAUAUGGUGAAGGCUAUGGUGAAGGCUAUGGCAAUGGGGAUGAUGAUUUCCCAUGAGUAUACAUACAUACAUACAUAUGUAUUUAUGUAUGUACACUAGCUAGUUUCUUGAUCUUUUGGCGUUUGGAACUAUAGAAUAAAUUGCAGCGGAAUUCACCCCGCAUGCAAUGCAUGUUAUGUGUUGGUGGACGUACGUUGCAAGCACUGCAUGAAAUGUCAGCGCACUUGCACCAUAUACACUACCGAGACACGGUUGCUAGUGUUAUUAUAUAUACUACUACGUACUCUAUAGAAUAAAAGUGACUUUGUUGAUAUCGUUAA